AUGGCUAAGACGUUGGCUCAAGGAAGAAAGCCUGGGAGUGGGAGGAAACCAGGGAAGGGCAAGACUCUACGUGAAGGACGCAAACCAGGUAGCGGGAGGAGGCGUAAGGAUGGCAGUUUGGGGACGGCUGUUAAUGUGCAUAAUGCAACCGGUGGUGGGAAGAAUAUUAAAAAUGCGAGGUCAAAGAAAACGACUUCUACAAAGGCUGCAACAGCGGUUGCCAGUGCGACUGCAAAACCCAAGAGGAAAUACGUUAAGAAGAAGAAACCUAAAACAGAAGAUUACUUGACCACUCCUAUAAGUGGGUUUCAGACCGUUCAUGAGUUGGCAGGUCCAAAUGGAUCGCUGAUUACUAUGGACUCUGGCAAUGGAGUCAUCACCAACAACAACUAUAAUAAUAACAGGAACAUCUCGUCAAGAGAUUUAGAGGCACUGGAUGCAUUAAGGGAACUUACAACAAGUCCGACGUUCACAACAUUUAAUGACAUACCAUUACGAGCAACCAGUUCUGCCUUUAACAAUGCUUCAAUCCAAAAUAUGGCAACGAUGCCGUUACCGAGGUUGGACAUGCUCUCUCAGAAUCAGAAUAAUAAUUUAUCGCAAGCACAAAACAACAAAUUCUUCUCACAAAGAAUGAUGAAUCUGCCGAAGGACGAUUUCAUGAAUAAUAGCACAAUACAAACAAAAAACUUACUAAACAUCAAUCAGCAGAAUGUGCCGAACAUCAACGUAGAGUUACCGCACUUGCAUGCUAUUGGAGAUACAAUGUCGUUUCAAAAUAAUAUAUCAAAUAACUCAUUCCCAAUGAAUACAUACCAAAAUACUAAUAUGAAUUUGAAUUUACACAGUAAUGUGGAUCAAAACGGUAAUGCGAACAUAUCUCAUUUUAUGAACAAUAGGAAUACAGACUCUAUGGCAAAUAAUCAAUAUGCAUAUAAUGGUUGA